CUCUCAUUUACAAACACUCGCCCUUGUACUCGUCAAAACGUAGGGAAGAAGACCACGGGCCACGCUCGAUGAUCACCGAGCAGUGCGCACUUUAGGACAAGUCCGGCCGUCGCCCGCCCUUACAUUCACCUCGCUCGCGGAACCGCAACUCUGACCCAUCAUGGUCCGGCUAUUCGAGCAACAGUUCCCAUACGAUCACUCGUGGUCAACAACAACAAUAGGCCUCUGGCUGAAAUACCCAAACCCAUACUCUCCACACGUCCUCUCGAUCGAUGUCCUAUCGAGAUCAGUAAACGUGGAUACGGGGGUACUCAGAACGGAACGUCUGGUAGGCGUGAAACAGGCUAUACCGAAAUGGAUCAUGCGACUACUUGGGGUGGUAGAAGAGGCUUUCAUUCGGGAAGUCAUCUACGUGGAUCCUAUCAACCAGAUCACAAGUAUGGCUUCCAUCAACCUCUCGUUGUCACAGUACAUGCAAGUCGUCGAGAUGAUCUCCUACACCCCCUCCAUCACCUCACCCACAACUCAAACCCUCUUCUCACAACGCGCCCAUAUAUCCUCGCCGCCCUCCGGCUGUCCGGGAUAUGCUCCGACUACAGGUGAUGGUGAACCUCUGUCGAACGGGAUGAUCAAGGUUCUCAAGCGCGUGGGGAACAAGCUGGAGAGUGGGAGCGUAGAUCGAUUCGGCGAGAACGCGGAGAAGGGCCGGAUGGGCUUCACGGGGGUGCUGGAUGAGGUGAAGAAGAUGUUGGAAGAGAGGAAGGCGGAGCUUGGAGAGGUGGGCACAAGCUGAACAGAGGUGCAGCUUCGAACUCCGCCAAACUCGGAAACCCAAGCAACACUCGACCCCACUCGAUCUCCGACGAUACUCCACUCGUGGCCCGAGGAGAGUGCAGUGAGAGAUGAGGCGAGAAAAGCAUUUCGAAACAAAACAAAACAGACAUUUCAACAACUGGACGACACAAAUUCCUAUGGCGGGUUCUCCCCCGCCCGGAUCGCAAUCACGGCACGACACCACGACUCUUGACGAACUCCCCUCUCCCGCGACGCUUCUUAUACCCAAUACUAUAACAACAUGACAUCAGAUGAGAUAAAAUGAAAUAGACUGUAACACGAUUACGAGUUGAU